GUCUUUGAUUGCUAAGUUACAUGCCUCACGCUUCUAUGACCCCGAUUAAGUAGCCCCUGCUCAUGCGCACCAAGGCCGCCAUCGCCCGGCUGCGGGCCUACCGGCCGCCGCCAUUCCCUCUGUGGGACCGCCUCCCGCUGAGCCGCCGCGCUGCCGUGUUGUUGUUGCUGUACGCCGACCGGAGAGGCGACCUGCGCGCUGUCAUCACCAUGCGCGCCGCCAGUCUGCGCAGUUUCUCAGGCCACGCGGCCCUCCCAGGAGGCAAAGCUGACACCCUGGAUGAAACUCCAUACCAAAUUGCCCGCCGCGAAGCUUGGGAAGAAAUCGGCCUCCCCAUGGACGACACCAAGCUCCCAGCGCCCUUCCGCAUCGAACAUCUCUGCUACCUGCCCAUGAACCUCGCGCGUACCGAACUCGUGGUCCGGCCCUGCGUUGCCCUCCUCCACACUGCCGAGGCCCCGAUCCCACUCGGCUCCGCCUCGCCCGCCCCGUCUCCAACAGCCGAGGAAUCCCUCAUUCCGCGGCUCGACGCCAAGGAGGUGGCCGCCGUCUUCUCGGCGCCGUUCCACGGCUUUCUGAAAAGCACCGACGAGCAACCCUCUCCUCCUCCAGGGGCCAAGCAGCAACAACAACAGAAACAGCUUCCACCAGGCCAUUGGUACGAGGGCCACUGGACGCAGUGGCACGACAAGCCGUGGCGGGUGCACUUCUUCUACGUGCCCGUGACGAACCAGCGCGUCGUCAAGCCCAAGGUGAGGGAGGGCGGGCUGGCUGCGCUGUCGGAGGACGAGUCGGAGGCGGGCGAGGACGGGGCCGAGAGCAGGAGGUACAAGGUCUGGGGGAUGACGGCCCGGAUCCUGGUCGACGCGGCGACGAUCGCGUACGGGGAGGAGCCCGAGUUCGAGCACAACACGCAUUUUGGGGACGAGGCCCUCAUUGAGGCGCUCGCGAAGCAGGGCAGAAUGGGCGAGAAGAAGCGGCAAGAGAGCGCGCCGAUGUCGCAGGGUUCGAAGCGCGCUACUGAGGCGGUGAAGGGGUUUGAAGGGAAGAAGGGGGAAGGGAGCAAGAUGUAACGGCAGCAUUUCGGGUGGAUAGAGGGAUGUUUGGGAUAUCUAUUAGGCCGUACAUGGGGCAAGCUCUCAUCCCUCCCGGCAUGGCCGGUUGCUGCGUCCAUUCUUCCGCCUAAUGGCAAGCAGUCUCCUUCGUCGCCGGAGUGCGCCCACCAAACAUCAGGUAUCCCAGCCCAGCGCCCACCGACACGGCGAUCAUGACCCAGCCGUUGUACGUCAUGAAGAUGAGCCUGAUCGCGUCAGACACUCUCGUCAGCCGGGGUUGA